AUGCGCCCACCUCAACGCCCUGCAUCUGCCAUGAAUACCUCACGCAUUGGACGCGCUCCUUCGCCUGCCGAGUCCAACACGUCCACCAUGUCUGGAACUAAACGAAAAGAGCGCGACUUUGACCACGAUGGAGGCGAAGAGACUAAUAUUCACGUCGUUGUUCGGUGUCGAGGCCGGAGCGACCGAGAAGUUAAAGAGAACAGCGGCGUGGUAGUAUCAACAACCGGUGUCAAAGGCACCAAUGUCGAUUUGUCCAUGGGGCCGAACGCCAUUAGCAACAAGACCUACCAUUUCGAUAAGGUGUUUUCGCCUGCUGCCGAUCAAGCUAUUGUCUUCGAAGACGUUGUCGCGCCCAUACUCAACGAAAUGAUGUCGGGGUUCAACUGCACUAUCUUCGCAUACGGACAGACUGGCACUGGAAAGACUUACACCAUGUCCGGCGACAUGACCGACACACUCGGCCUACUGUCUGACGAGGCUGGCAUCAUCCCACGAACACUAUACUCCCUAUUCCGAAGGCUUGAAGCCGACGAAGUUGAAUGCUCAGUGAAAUGCUCCUUUAUCGAGCUGUACAAUGAAGAGCUGCGAGAUUUACUGGCUGCAGACGAUAGUACAAAGCUCAAAAUCUACGAUGAUGCGAACCGCAAGAGUCACAGUUCGACUCUCGUGCAAGGUAUGGAGGAAUCUCAUAUUAAGAGUGCGACUGCUGGCAUCAAACUGCUUCUGCAAGGCAGCCAUCGUCGACAAGUCGCCGCGACUAAAUGCAACGACCUUAGUUCUCGGAGUCAUACUGUCUUCACAAUCACGACGUACAUCAAGAAAUCAAAUGAAGCUGGAGAGGACUACAUCUGCUCAGGGAAGCUCAACCUGGUCGAUCUAGCUGGCAGCGAAAAUAUUCAACGAAGUGGUGCCGAGAACAAGCGGGCUGCUGAAGCCGGUCUCAUCAACAAGAGUCUACUCACGCUCGGUCGGGUUAUCAAUGCCCUUGUGGACAAGAGCUCUCAUAUCCCAUAUCGGGAGUCGAAGUUGACACGGCUGCUACAAGAUUCUCUCGGCGGAAGGACGAAAACGUGCAUCAUUGCCACUGUCUCGCCAGCCAAAAGUAACCUCGAGGAGACCAUCUCAACACUAGACUAUGCCUUCCGAGCAAAGAAUAUCCGCAACAAGCCCCAGAUCAAUUCCAUGAUCUCAAAAAAGACACUUCUCAAAGAAUUCACCACAGAGAUUGAGAAACUGAAGAGCGAGCUGAUCGCCACCCGGCAGCGAAAUGGUGUCUACCUUUCAAACGAGCAGUACGAAGAGAUCACAGUCGAGAGCGAGUCGCGACGAAUCCUCACAGAAGAGCAGAAGGCACGCAUAGAGACGAUGGAGACGAGUCUGCGCAACAAAGUGCAGGAGUUGUUCAAUCUGACAAACACCUUCACCAAUCUCAAACGCGACAACGACACGACCCGAGCUGCUCUUGACAGCACCAAUGAUGUCCUUUUCAAGACUGAGGCUGUACUUAGCUCGACCAAAGAACACCUCGAGGAUGAAACGGCCCUUCGAAAGGCGCAUCAGGAGACCGAAGGCCGCCUUAAGACGAUUGGCACACAGCUGCUCUCAACUGUCAACAACUCUGUCCGAGACCUUGAUGGAGUGCACUCAAAGCUGCGCCGCAGAUCCGAGCUACACCGGCAGAACCGCCAGCUCUGGCAAUCAUCCUCGGAAGGUGUAAAGGAGCUGUCAACGGCCAUCGAAGAACGUCUUGGUGUUUUUCAGUCAGAGCACACCGAUCUGAUGUCGAAGACAACGAGCAGGAUUCAAUCAUUCAUCUCGGAAGACAGAAUGAAGCUUCAAGGUUGCAAAGACAUGCUUGCCAGCAAAACCACCGAGUUGGAAAGAUCGCAGAAAUCAGUUGAGGAGCAGUCAUCGGCCUCAAGAGAUGGAAUGAACAAUGUCCUCGAGGAGAUCAAAGAGCUACGCGACGAAGUCAAGGAUAGGGUUGGCGAAGGCCUGCAAGGUCUCAACGCCGCAGCCGCGAAAAUCUCUGGUGAGGUGAUCGAGGAGCUUGAGCAGUUCCAUACUCAGCUCCACGCCUCCUACAGCACGCUCGGCAAAGAUUUCAAGACAUUGUUUGAGGAUAUGACCAAGCAGCUUGCCAGCCAGCGCGAGGAAAAUGAUCGUCUGAGAAAGGCUUUGCAGGAUGCCAACCGCAGGAACAUUGAGUCUUCCCGAGCUGCCGUUUCUCAUCUUGAAGCCUCGCUAGAAGAGGAGCGGAAGAUCGCGUUAGAUGAACGGCAGGUUCUGAAAGAUCAGAUGUUUGCACUAAUAGAAUCGUCAUCAGCGAGGCAAGAUCAGCGCCUGAGUACUACCGUUGCCCAGACCAAAGCCUCCUUGGACGCUUCCACCGAUGCAUUUGAAGAAGCAGACAAGGAGUACUCGACUGGGAUGGACAUCUGGGACACCCAAGCUGAUGUGCUGCUGGACAAAGUCACAAUGUCAAGAGAUGAGCUGAGGAGGAAGAUGAAGCAGGACUGGACUGCCAUUGGAGCGAAGAACACUGCCAUUCAAAAUUCAACAAAGGCUGUGCACGGCGAGACCGUUAAAAUCGUAGAUGCCCAGGUCGGAGAAAUGUCAAGUCAGAUGUCGGCGUUGGACGAGUUCGUCACCCGAGCACGAACACAGAAUGAUCAGUCGCACGACGAUCAUAUCGCUGGACUGCUUCAAUUCCAACUUGAAGUCGCCCAGUUGCAGUCCGAGGUUGCCGACACCAUCCAGCAACGUGACACAGACCUUCAGGUCCUUCACAACGAAACCGAGUCGUCCACUGCGGAAGUUCUUGACUGCACCGACGCCUUUGAAGCGGAGGCAAAGGAGGCUUUGCAGACGAUUCAGGAGCAGCUUGACAGCAACAUGAUGCAAGACUACGUACCCACCGGUGCGACACCGCAGAAGAGAGAGUGGACAUACCCAAAUGAGCUGCCUGCGACAUCAAACCACCAGACCAUUAUUGCGCGUAUGCGUGGUCUUCCAGACCCCAUUACAGAGCCCUCAACGGCUCGCACUCCCGGUCGCUCGCCUAGAAAGCAGGGGUCACCGAGAAAGUCACCAAGCAAACCUCGGAGUCCGGCGAAGGCCAAGGUAUACACGGAUCAGGACCGACCGCUGCUCGAGAACAUGACAGAGCCAAUCCGAGGGUUGAGUCUUAAGGAGAUCAACGUGAACGUGGCUGCGGGUGAGAGCCAGACUGUUAAUUUGUCGAGAAGUACUGGGCCUGGCCAGCCACCGCUUAAGAGGCAUGCGACCGCUGGAGCAGUGCUGGGAUCUGAGAAAGUACCGGCGAGGUUAACGAGAAAUCGGGCUGCGGCUGUUGGUGGAGUAGAGAAUCUCAACCAGAGUGUCGGUGUUGGUGGUGGCCGUCGUUUGCGGAAUAGUCCCCAGCAGUGA